CAUCUUAACGCGGAAGUCAGUGACGCACCAGUACACACAGCUGCUCAGCGGGGGGAGAUGAAAUAAACAAAACGUCGUCAUUCGGUGCCAAACACAGCGGGCAGUGCAGGCACAGUGUUGCAGUUCAGACCAUCAUGCCCUUUGCUCCGGCAGUGGGACAGGAAGUGAGUGUGUAAGCGUCCCUGGUUGGAUCUGCUGGGAUGAACAUGCCACUGCAUCAAAUCUCUGUCAUCCCCCGUGAUGUCACCACAUCACGGGUGUCCGGCAGCGGGAAAGCGAAGGACAAAGACAAGGACAAGGACAAGCAGAAUGAAAAGCCUCUGGGUCAUUCUGCCAGCAGGUCCAGCAAUAUAUCAAAGGCCGGGAGCCCGACUUCAGUCAACGCUCCGUGCAGUUUCUCCAGAACGUCAGUUUCGCCCUCCAGCCAGGACAUCUGCAGCAGUCAGGAGCAGGACUGUCAGAAGCAGACUGCAGUGGUUCUCUUGAACUCUAACAGUAAAACCUAUCAAGGGUCAGGAGGCGUUUCAGUUGCCACUCUCUGCACGGACGCCCUUCCAGCGUCCAAACACGCCAAACAACGAGACUGGCUCUCCCUGCUUCGCCCUUCUUCUGUCAACAUCCACACCAAUGGCUCACUCAGGUUCUCUGUCUCUCUGAACGAUGUGGGCCAACGUGUGGACAGCCUGUGUCGGGGUCUGCACUUUAUAGACCGCACAUGCUCGGAGGGAGAGCUGGAGAUCAAGCCCGAGCCGGGGCAGCAGCCGGGUCAAGAUCGCAGGGCGCACACACUCAAUGGCAAGCUGGCUUCAUCCUCCGCACACCAGAACCCAAAUCCAGCCUUCUCCACACACCCCCACCCCCACCUCGUCCCCUCUUUCACCAACAACUACAAGUACAUGGUGGGUGUCCCUCCUGCAAAUCGUCCCCCGUCUGACUCUGCCAUCAUCCCCCCUCCUCCUCCUCCUCCUCCUCCUCCACCUCCUAUUUUAAACAACCACAUCCAUCCCAAUCCAUCCCCAAGCUCCAACUUCCUCCGCCUCCUCCUCCCUUUCUCCCGAUCCUCCACCUCGGCCAGCCUGCAGUGCUCUGAGAUGGGCAGCUAUGCCUCUCACCUCUACAUCGCCAAGUCCUCUAGCGCCAUGCUGGAAGGCAGCGAGGCAGGGUUUCUCCAAGGGGAACUGGUGGGAGAUGAUGAUGUGUUUGAAGAGAACCUGUCCUGUCCUUCAACGAAGGAAAGCGGAAAAAAGGCAACCCCAGAAAUGCUCACCAAGACUGGGAUAAGUGCACAUCUAGCCCCCAUGUGCUAUAUGGAUGAGGACAGCGACUUGGACUGCUGCCCGUCCCCUUACUCAGAGAAAACAGAGCCAAUGUCACCCUUUUCACUCUCUGGAGACUUCUGCAGGAUUUGUCACUGUGAAGGGGAUGACGAGAGUCCUCUGAUCACACCAUGCCACUGCACAGGGAGCCUGCGCUUCGUCCACCAGUCCUGUCUGCAGCAGUGGAUCAAGAGCUCUGACACGCGCUGCUGUGAGCUCUGUAAAUAUGAGUUCAUCAUGGAGACCAAGCUCAAACCACUGCGCAAGUGGGAGAAGCUACAGAUGACAGCGAGUGAGAGAAGGAAGAUCAUGUGUUCGGUCACCUUCCACGUCAUCGCCAUCACCUGUGUUGUUUGGUCCCUCUAUGUUCUUAUCGACAGAACAGCAGAUGAAAUCAGACGAGGUGUCACAGACUGGCCUUUCUGGACCAAACUGGUGGUGGUAGCGAUCGGCUUUACGGGUGGACUGGUGUUCAUGUACGUCCAGUGCAAAGUUUACAUCCAUCUAUGGAGGAGACUCAAGGCUUACAACCGCGUCAUAUACGUCCAAAACCGGCCCGAGACAUGUAAAAAGCUGGCUCUGGAGAAGCCGCCUCUCUUGGAGCCUGGUCUGGAGACCAAGGAGGCUCUGGCCCCCGCCCAGUCGGACACAAACUCCUCCCAGUACACAGAGACAGAGGACUACAGUAUGGAGGUGCUUCACGUCUGACCACGCAGUCCAUGUUCAUAAACACACACCAACUGGCCCAGAGGGAAGAGAAGUGUGCGAAAGUGUGCAGAAGUGUGUGGAAAUUAUAUUAAACAGAGGAACUACCAGACACUCCCUUUCCUCUGAUCUGUCGGACUGUCAUUCUCCUCUUGUCAUUUUAUAAACCCUGAACUGGACCCUCAGAGACCGCCAGAUCAGGACUAUCUUCUUCUAUCAACAUCCCUCCUUCCAGAUUUUAUUCCUCCCCCCAGACUGUCGCCUCUUUCCUUUUCCCCGGACCAGACUGCUUUUACUGACUUCUGUAAAUGUCUGAAGAGGCCUGGAGCACACCACUCUAUAAACGCAAACACACACACACCCCACACACACACACACACUUUAAUGUUCACCUCUGGGAGAGCAGGACUGAGACAAAUAUACUCAAAAUCAGCUCCAGAGGGCUUCACGUCUCUGAUGCGUGGUUUGUUUAUUUGUGAGUUUGUUAGAUUUGUUUGUUUUUACCUCCUGUGAGUCUCAGGCGUAUACCUGCCGUGGAUCAGUAUGUAGCGCCGCGCAUCGGAUCUCUGGAACAAUCCAGCUACUGCCAUCUCUGUCGCCAUGGUCCUUCAGCCCUGAGCUGGUCUGGAUCAGACCAGGCCUUGAUCUGGACAUGCAUCGAAGCACUUUUGUUUUUUAGUUCCCUGAACAAACUCCCCUCCCUUCUUCUUGCUACUCUUUAUUUUUUUCUUUGGUAUGAAUUGAGUCUUAUAGGUUGUACAUGGGGGAGAGCACACUCGAAAAAAACCUGGAAAUGUUUGUUUCCUGUUCUAUUUGACGUUGCAUUUCCUCAUACGCACAUAUUUAAACCCUCCUGUGGAUGACAAAAAAGGAAAUGGGGUUAAAAAAAGGAAUCACGCUGAGUGUUUUUAGUCACAAUAGAGAAAAAAAGGAGUUUUGAAUAUGACAUCGGGCUCAAGGCUCUAAUGCAGAAAAAAGGAAAAUCCAGCCACAUGACUUCCCUACCCCAACAUGAACUUUCUGAAGGCUUUGAGAAUGUAAACUUUUUAAAAAAUGAUAAAAAAUAAAUAAACAAAAGAUCAAAAAAAUAA